AUGAAUGUGUCAGAUUGUCUAAGAGAAAUAUACGUUGGACCAUUUUCCGAUUAUCUAACAGCUUCAAACAGCCUCGGUGGGCUCGUAAAAGACCAAAGCCAAUUGGUAAAUUGUUUAUUUAAAUUAGAAAUCAACCUGAUGCAGAUCCUGCAAAAGUACAAAAAACCGGUACAUUCUCAAGAAGAGGACAUCUUCUUGGAGCCGAUAUCAAAGCAAAUAAACAUAAUUAAAAACCACGCCAUCGAAAAAUCGGCGGAUUGUCAUUAUUUACAAUUCGUUAGCGAUUCGAUUGAGAUUUAUUGUUGGACGAAGGAAACCGAUUUGGAAACGUUCAUAAGCAGAUUCAGCGAUCUCAUCAUAGCUUACAAGAGUAAGUAUCGAUUCAGUAAUAUAGCGGAGAAAUACUCGGGUUGGUUGGAGGCAUGGACUCAAACAUUGGAGGAAUUAUCCGAAUUCGUUUUGACCCAUUUCAAAAACGGUUUGGUAUGGCAAGGAAAUGAAAUAUUACCAGCCCAAGCGGCUCUAGGUGACAAAAACGAAUUUAGAAAUUUCGAUCACAAAGCCCUUUUCAAAGAUAUUAACCGAGCUAACAGUAGAUUAUUGAGACAAGCUGAUGAAAACGCAGACAACCCAGAAUAA